CAGAUCCCACGAAAAGGAGACGCUAGACUUUAAUAGGCUUUCAUCCUGCUGAUGUGUGUAUGUGUUAAAAUUUCAACGCGAGCGACGAAAAAACCUCUAACUAACCAAAAUAGCAGGAUGCAGAAGACGACAAUAUCGUGUUGCUAGCAGCAGACGAACAAAUUGAGGCAGACGAAGCAGCCACCACUCCAUCGGAUGACACUGCGAAUGAAAGCACCGACGAAGAUCUAGAUGACUUCGACGACAGUGAACUUUGGGGUGAUUUGGAGGUUCCUCCAGAAGAGUAUGGCGCAGAAUGGGAUCUACAGCCGCAGCAGCUGAACGGUAGUUCAUGUCUGCAGUUGUCUGAUGUUGGAUUAAUUUACAAUUUACCCCUGGAGCUGUUACAAGGUAUGUUCUACAAGCCGCAAUCCAGUGAAUCUCAGGAACAUGGCGAUAAGAAGAACGUAUUUCAAACGGUGCUUUCUGGAUUACAAUCUAUUUUGGACCCCAAAAGAAUAUUUCAACAACUGGAUAGCAUUCCAGGACUAGUUCAGUCAAUGCUGAGUAGCUUUCGGUUGAAGAAAGCCGAAGCUAUACAAUCGGUGCGAGAGAAAAUGGAUGCGCUUUCCGUUGGUCUUGAAAGCAAGAUUCGAGAAAAGUUUACCGGCGAGAACGGUUGCGUCGAAAAAUUGAAAAAAUGUAGUAAUGCCGCCCAGCGGGCCAUACAACCGUAUCAAAAGGCACUGCACCAGAAAGUAGAAUCGUGUAUCGGACGGAUUGCAAGACUCGUGAAUGGACAUGACAACGAAAUUAUGAAUAUGUUGCAGAAGUCGAACGAUUUUUUAAGCGAAUUCAAUGAAUGUAAGCAACGUCCUGAUGCAUUUUCGAUUUCUUUUUUGGUGGAAUUUGGGAAGUGUACAGCAAAAAUGUUUAAGGAUCGUACUGAACGAGCAUUGAAACCAUUGUUGGAACGGUUUGGCAAUUUGGGAGAGCAACUAAAGUCAAGAAUAACUACAAAUAAUGGCUGCUUCGAUCGAGUACUGCAAUCAAAAGCACUGGAAACGCUUCAGCAACAAUUAAGCGCAACAAACGUGAAGUGCUUGCUGUAGUAUUCAAUAACUGGCAUCUGCUAUUUCUUUUGGAGUAUUUCCUUGGGCUGAGACAAGUUCAACUACGCAUCUGUGUAUUAAAAUGGCAUGAACAAAAUGAGGAUGAAUAAAAAAUAAUUGAAUAAAUAAGUUCGCUAUUAGCAGAUGAAUUAAAAUCACAUUUAAAAAGGUGAAA